AUGUAUUGCUUUCUUCGCCUUACUCUUCUUCUAUCAGUAACCAUUGUAUCAGUAGGGAGCCCAACUGAGAAAUCCCCUGCGGCUUUCUUCAUCUUCGGUGAUUCUGUUGUGGAUGUUGGCAACAACAAUUACAUUGAGACCAUCCCCGAGUUCAAAGCUAAUUAUGCGCCUUAUGGGCGAAAUAGUUUUUUCAAUCGACCUACUGGUCGAUUCAACGAUGGGCGCCUCAUGGUAGAUUUCAUCGCUGAAUAUGCUAAGCUUCCAUUGAUUCCACCAUUCAUGCAACCAUCUGCUCAGUUUACAAAUGGCGCCAAUUUUGCCUCUGGAGGAGCUGGUGUGCUUCCGGAUACUAGUCAAGGCCUGGUAAUUAACUUUCAAGCUCAGCUCAAGCAAUUUGAAGAGGUUUCAGGCAUGUUCAUUAAAGAACUAGGUGAAGAAAGAGCCAGAGCAAUAAUUGAAGACGCAGUAUAUUUCAUAAGUAUUGGUAGCAAUGACUAUAUUAUUGGGUAUUUAAGCCACGAGAAGAAUCGUGAGGCUUAUACCCCUGAGGAAUUCAUUGGGAUGGUCAUUGGCAACUUCACUCAAUCUAUCCAAGAGUUAUAUGAGAAGGGAGCAAGGAAAUUCUACAUUCUAAGCAUAGCUGAUUUGGGAUGCUUGCCAGCAUUCAGAGCAAUAAAUCCGAAAGCUGACGGUGGCUGCUUUAAGGAUGCAUCAGCACUUGCCUUGGCUCAUAACCAAGCAUUGUCAGCUGUUCUCACAAGCUUUGAGUACAUACACAAAGAUUUCAAGUAUGCUAACAUCAAUUUGUAUGAUUGGCUCAAUGAGAGGAUGCAAAAUCCACAUGAAUAUGGUUUUAAAGAUGGGACAAAUGCAUGUUGUGGAACGGGACCAUACGGAGGAAUCUACACCUGCGGAGGUACAAAAAACAUAAGUGUAUACCAACUAUGUGAAAAUGUUGGAGAUUAUGUCUGGUUCGACUCAAUCCAUGCGAGUGAGAAAAUACACGAACAGUUUGCAAAGGAAAUUUGGGGCGAGCCCUCAUCUCCGAGAGCCAAAACUUUGGAGGAUCUAUUCUUUGACAGGGAAAAAAUUAUAAAUAUUGGUGAUGUGGAAAGUGAUGAAAAUGAGCUAGGGACGUUCACCUACAUUGCAUGA